AUGGGCCUCAACCUGAACCUGGAAGACCAGCUGGUGUUCUAUGGCGCCUACCACUCCAACCCGAUAAACAAAGGCAUCAUCUGGUCUCUCCUCGUGUGGCUCGCGGCCGCUGGGCCGCUCGCGCCGCUGCCGCAGGCGCCCGCGCUCGCCGCCGCGCUUGCGCGCCUGCCGCCGUGGCUGGCCAGCGGCGUCGCCAUCAACCUGCCCUUCCUCGUCUUCUCCGGCUACUCCCUGUUCUACCUCGCCCUCGACCCCCUUGCCGGCCUCAGCUGGGCGGCCGCGGUCGGCCUGCCCCUGGCAGUCACGGCCACCGCCUUCCAAAGCACGGUGGCCAACGCCGCUUGGUGGGCGCUGGGGGUGCAGGUGCUGAGCUGGUGGGCCCAGAUCCACCCGGGCCACGCGAUAUGUGAGGGCAGGAAGCCCGCGCUAAUGGACAGCUUGGUGCAGGCGUUCCUGCUGGCGCCGCUGUUUGUGUGGUUUGAGCUGCUGUUCCCGCUCGGGUACCGCCCAAAGCUGCGCGCCGAGCUCGAGCGGCGCGUAGACAAGGAGAUUGCGGCCUGGAAAAGGUCGCAGCUGCGUAAGGCGUCGUGA